AUGCUGCAAAAAUUAUACAGUCAAAUUAAUCAGAAUCACAAAACAUCUGUAAUAGAAUGUCGUGAAUAUAUCAAAAAGGAAAUAAACAGUAACAAAAUUCAACUCUUUAAUUACGGAGAAUUUAAAAACAAGACGUAUAUUCGCGAAGGCGCAGCAGGCGAAAUUUACAAGGUUGAACGGAUCACGAAUGACAAAAAAAAACAAAAGCCAAGGAUCUUUGCGUUAAAAGGGUUUAAGGGCGAUCCUGAUGAAGUUUGUUUAAAUUCUCAAUCAUUUUUUAGAGAGCUUAAACACUUUGGAAAUUUAAGUCAUAAGAAUCAUCCAAAUAUAGUUAGAUUUUAUGGCGUCUCCGAAGGUUUUUAUCGAUAUCGUUCACGAGGAAAGGAUUGGUUCGUUGAUCCUCAAGUUUUUUGUACAGAUAAAUUUAAACCAACUGUAAAAUCGGAUAUUUAUAGUUUAGGGAGACUCCUCCGGUAUAUCGCAAAUGGUACUCUUUCAAAUAUUUCACUUAACACUUAUUUUUCGAAAAUAAGUGAUCCCGAUUUUCAAGAAACUUCUGACCCGAACGCUUGUAUACCUCCUGAAUUCUCUUUUAUCUAUAAUACAUGCUUACAAAUUGAUCCAGAUAAACGACCAAUUGUCGAGCACAUUUAUGAAGCUUUAAAAAAAUUACAUUUUGACGAUUUUUUGCAUAUAGAGCCAAUUCAACAUCGACUUGAAAAUUCAAUGCUACUUUUUGUUGAACAAAAGCAUUCCAAACCUUAUUUAGGUUCUGAAAUAUUAAAACAUGAAGAAUCCGAUAAUAUGAGUGAUUAUGAUUAUUCUGAUGAAGAUUGUGAUGGUUUUGUAAAUAUAUUACCAAAAACAAAAUCUUCAAUUUCUUCAAUUUCUUUAAUUCCUUCAGUUUCAUUAGCAUCUGCUUCACAAUCUUCAAAUUUAACACAAAAUAGCCAACAAUUAAUUUCUAAACAAGAUAGUACUAUACUGGAGUUAUGUUCAUCGGCUAAACAACAAGAUUUUACUAAUGAUUCUGAUAAAGGGCAUAAAUUAUAUAAAGAAGGUUUAAAAGCUAAAGACAAAGGCUUUCCAUCUAUAGCUUAUAAGAAUUUUAAAGUAGCUGCAGAAACUGAUCAUGCAUUGGCUAGAGUACAAUUAGCUCUUUGUUACUAUGAUGGUUAUGGAGUAAAGAAGAAUACAACUGAAGCAUUAAGAUUAUUCAAAUUAUCAACACAAGGUGAUGAUAAAUAUCAUCUAGGAAUGUGUUAUGAACUUGGUGAUGGAUUUAAAAAAGAUAUAAAUAUUGCUAUUAAAUAUUAUCAAGAAGCUGAGCUUCUAGGGAAUCAAAAAGCUGCCAAACGACUUCGUCUUUUGAGUAGUGAACAAUCUUAA